UCAAUGUCAACGGAUUGCAAAUUUAAUCGAUAUGAAAUUUACAACAGACACUAUCUGCAAAUUUGCAUCCGGAGGGGAGAAAACGCCCCCUGAUGUGAGCAAAUUUUACGCUUUCCAAAUUUACUGGUCAGCUUGUUUGACAUAGAUAUUGCAUCUGGCGAGAAGUAAAUAUAAAACGAGUGAAGUGUUUUCUCCUCUUCGGAUGCAAAUACAUAUCCGUUAAAUCUGAUAUGAAGGGAUGGUGUCAUUUGGAAAUUUAGUAUUAAUCAAAUUUGAUAUCAAUUAACCUAAAAUUGUGAAUAUCCUGGGAGAUUUUAAUUUCGCGCUCCCCAUUAUUUCAGGGGUUUGAGACGGAUUACGUCAAUUGCCUGGCAGGCAGGCUUACUCUAUUUUGCAUUCUUACUAUUCUGCACAACUAUCUCUACUCGCUUCAGGCCGCACCUAAUCGCCAUUUUAUGCAUCGUGUCUCCAAGCAAAUUCUAAACGCAACAGUUUCUUUGAAUAUCUAAAAAUUGACUAGGAAUGAAGUUGACUCGAUUGGUUAAUACUACUCUCGCGGUAGACACUUUACUCGAGAGUGCAUACUUUACUAAUGACUUACAUCGAUUUUUCUGGCAGCUGGGCCUCAGUGACUAUACGAUUUCAGAUAUAAAUAAAAAUUAUGAUUUAGCCUGGGAUAAAGUGCACAAAGGUUUGCAGGCUUGGCAAAAAAUCAACGCAAGUAGUGCUACGGUGGAACAACUUGUCAGUAUUUUGAAGUCGUUAAAAAAUUUGGAUGCCGCAGAACGCAUACAAGCCAGGAUUGUAGAAUUGGGUCCCGCCCCAAUUCCGACGGAUUUAGAAGCGGUCGCACCUCCAGUGCGGACCCUGGAAAAUUUCAAUGCUUUAGGGGGACGGAAGGGAGUCAGAGGAAAUCAAGACCAGCGAAGACCAGGGAGCAGCAGCACAAUCCCACAACAAAACCAAAUCGCCAAUUCCCAACGCCUCCGAGACGAACCGGAUUCACAGACGAAUAGCCCUCUACCACACCGAAGAAGUGAACUCGACUCAAAAUUGAUGAUUACCGAAGACAUUUGGGUUCUAUGGUUAAUCCGUCGCCCAGAAGAAGCAAAGCAUCCACAGCAUUCCUUCCUCGUACUUGAAGGCCGAGAGGGCGAACAAAAUAAAACGUUCUUUUUCGAUUUUGUCACCCAACACAAAGAUGACAUCAAAAAUCCUGGACUUUACAAAGGGAAAGUUCAAAUUGAUGCUGCAUUCGGUAACAAGGAUGAAUUGGGUUCUCCCCUGCUGCACUUUGGCAUUAAGGCGCUGAUGCGAUUAACAAAUACAAAACCAGUGGGCGAAAAAUGGAUGAUUAGAAAAGACAUUGCGAACAAGCUUAUACAAAACGUUUUAGAAUCCUGGAGAAAUCCGCCACCCUUUAAUGUAGCUGGCAGUGAAAGCCUUCUUGCUCAAAGCAGUGCACACUCUUAUAAAGAUGAAGUAGGUCAUAACUGUUAUACUUGGGCGGCUGGACAAAUUAAAAAACUUAGAGAACUUGACGAUAUCAUCGAGCUUCCAGAAAAUUUGUUACAAUUAAUCAUCACCGUGCCAUCCACUUUGCUAGUGGACAGUCCAAAUCCUGUAAGGAAGGUUUUGAAACGCGUGUCGAAAAUUCUAUUGGCAAAAUUUACAUCGGAUACGGCCUUUCCAUUCUUGUUGCUGAUGUUUGUACUUUUCGUGGGAUAUAUUUACAAACCCUAUUUCUAGCUUUAUAUACAUUUUAUGCUUGAAAAAGUUAUGCGAUCGAGCAAGAUCCAGCAAAUUUUUAAAUAAACAAUUCAUUAUUUCCGAGA